AUGGUAAAGGUAAAUAAGUGUCCUACAGCACAAUAUGUUGGUUCAGCAGGUGAUGGUUGUGUGUUGCAAUAUAUAUCUCUAGUGAGAUGUAUCCAGCAGUCGAAGUUCAAGUCUGAAAAAAUCUUUAUCGACUCCUCAACUGGGAAGCAGCAAGAGUUUCCCUGUAUAACUGAAGCACCAACAAAAUCUCUGUCAGUUAUUGUACCAGCUUACAAUGAGGAAGAGAGAUUACCAGUGAUGAUGGAGGAGUGUAUGGGGUACUUGGAGGAGAGGGCAGAACAAGAUAGUUCCUUCACCUAUGAGGUGAUCAUUGUGGAUGAUGGCAGUAAAGACAAGACAACAGAAGUUGGAAUGGGCUACAACAAGAAGUAUGGUUGUGAUAAAGGAAUUCUCACUCUGGCAAAGAAAAAGGGUGGCGCUGUCAGAAUGGGGAUGCUCCGCUCUCGUGGACAACUACUACUCUUUGCUGAUGCCGAUGGUGCUACUACAUUCUCAGAGUAUAGUAAGGUGGAGGCCAGUUUAAAAGAUCUUUGCACUGGGGAGAGUGAUCUGAGUGAAGCCCUUGCAAUAUCAUGUGGAUCCCGUGCCCAUCUUGAGGAAGAGUCAGUUGCCACACGUUCAACCUUUCGCCUUGUUGAUGUAUGGUUUCCUACCUUGGUGUGGCUGUUUGCUGUGCGUGGUAUUCGAGACACACAGUGUGGAUUCAAGCUCUUAACACGAAGGACUUCUCGCAUCCUUUUUAACAGUUUGCAUGUAGAGAGAUGGGCAUUUGAUGUGGAAAUGCUGCAUUUGGCUCAGUCUCUUGGAAUCCCCAUUGAUGAAGUUGCUGUUGAAUGGAAUGAAAUUGAUGGGACCAAGAUGACACCAGUGCUGAGUUGGAUAGAGAUGGGUGUUGAUCUGCUCAUUAUCUGGCUGAGGUACACUUUAGGAGCUUGGAGAAUAAAAGGAGAUAUGAAGUCUAAGUGAAACUAAUUAUAUAAAGUGCCAGUGCAGGACAGUACUAUAAUUACUGUACUGUAUACUUAUAGAUUAGUUGGUUGUGGUUACCAUUAGAAGUGUCACCAUGGGAGGCAGAAAUGCUCUCACUUGGGGGUGGUUCUUGUCUGGGACCAUACACUAGUUACAGUGCUGCUGUCAUGGUGGUCUGCAGUUAUGAGUGCUGCUUCCUCUUGUGGUUUUGUGUUUUCACUUUCUAUUUUUUUUAUUUCUCCCUAUCAAAUUGCUUUCUGUGAGUAUAUUUUUUUCAGUUAAUGUUUUGGCUAAUCUAUCCAAGCGUGGAAAAUGGCCAUAAAACAUUGAUGUUGUUCAAGUUCCUUCGUACAGUACAUGCAGGUGGUAAUUACUGCUCCUUGCAUGUUACAACCAGAUCAGUAAGAAUUCUUUUUCAAUAUAUAUACCGUAUAUAGUGAAACCUUGUUAAUUUAUUGUAAUUAUGGAGAGAGGUGAUCCGGAUUAGUAAAAUAUCGUAACUUUCAAAGCACAAAGGCCUACCGUAUAGAAAUAAAUGAUAAAUUAACAGAUGUAAUGAAGAAAACACAAUAAUAACAUGUGAAGCACAAAUACAGGUGAUUACUUAUUUAAAUAUGUGAUUAUCCUUAAUUCCAAAGGGCUCCUGAAGCAGUGAAGGUAGGAAGUAAAGGGGCAGUUGUUUGAACACUUAUACUGUACAUACACUACUAAAUCAUUUAUAGUACAGUACAUUACACUAAUUUUGAGUUAAUAUCUGAAAGAUCUGCACUAAACACUUAUAGUUCUUCAUCGGAUUGUAAAAUCUGUUCAGCUGGUUCAGGAGAAGGUGAAGUAAUAGCACUGAGAUUUGACACACCACUAACACUUGAACCAGAAUGGAAAAUCAGGAAUGAACACCUUGCUCACCUCGUGAUCAGGAUUGCCGACCUCUGGAUCAUUUAUCUGGAUUAACGAGGUUUCACUUACAUAUGUACAGUAUACUGAAUCUUUACUGUAUCCUACAUUUCAAGGUGUUGCUGGUAAUUUCAUUAAAUAUUUGGUAAAGGUUUUGCUUGGGACUAUCUAUACCUUGAUUAUUGUGUAAUCGCUGAGGAACAAUGACCAUUUUUCCAGUGUAGCAUUAUUUCCUUUUAGUUCAGGAUUAUUUGCAUGGUAUUGAUAAUUGUGUAAUGCUAUUAAAUGUUUAUCCUAUUAAAAUCUUUGUUUAUGGAAUGUGAAAAUACCGAGAUAUAAAAUUGCUUACAGAUGUCACCAGGAACACUAGGAAAUGUUCUGCUACAACUGCCUAAGUUUACACUGAAAAAUUUAAAUAUUUUAUUUUAAAUUCAGGAAUCUUUACACAGCACUCUAUUUUAAGAAUACUUAUUCUUUUGCUGCAUUUAACCUAUUUUUAACUGCUGGACAAACAAUUUAUGGAUGAUUAUGUAGUUUUAUAUAAGCACUGUGCUGUAUACGCAGUUAGAAGCACACUGUACAAUACUGUGCUAUGAAUAUUUUUUCUUAAAGAAAAUAUAAUUAAUUUUAAGUAUACUGUAUUACUUAAGCCUCUCUGUCACGAGCUACAUAUUUUACCUUCUGGUCACCCAGCCAGAGGUCAUGUUGAGGUGAGGUGGCCAGCAGCCUGUGUAGGAUCCUUCUAUACAGUACUUAACAUAAUAUGCUUACAGUAGAACUAAGUUAUUUUACCAAAUUUAUCAUAGAGUAACUCGUGCAAAGAAAUUGAAAAUAACAUAUUUUCUAUAAUCAAUAACUGUUAAAAAUACUAAAUAUAGUUUUUCACUGAAAGAAAAAAAAACUUCCUUUGAUUAGUGUUACAAUAUUGUAUUAUUCUCUUAAGAUGCUGUAUACAGUAUUAUGAUACUUUGGAAAAUACUGUUGUUUGAAUUUGUAUUAAUAAUGGGAUAUAAUAUAUACAGGUACAGUUGUUAAUUGAUCAGUUUUUAAAGGUUUUAGAACUUGAAUAAUGUUACUAUAUAUGCAAGAGGAACCAACCAUAUUCUCAAAUUAUAAAAUAACAAUAAGUCUUUCUGCCAUGUAACCUACACAGUGGUGUACAGUAUAUACAUGUUGCUAAAAGGAUCAUAAUCACAUUACACUUCAAGAACAAAGUACUAAUCUGUACACUGUUUAUUCGUAUAUCACAAAAGCAACUACAUUUCUACAUUGGUUCAUUUGUUUGUUAACUUGGUCACUACUUUUGAUUUUCUGUUUAAGUUGAAUGAUGAAAAUUAGAAUAUUUAUGGUUACGAGUUAAUUUAGUUGCAAUGAUUAGAGUAAUAUUGGAUGAUUCUCUUAAAUUAAUCUUGUGUUUUUUCAUAAUUAUGUAUGGCUUAUGUUGUACAGUAAAUACUGAAUCAAUUAUGAAGUGCGAAAUUUUGUUAGGACGAAAAGUGAUGUGAUGUAAAGUAGGGUCAAUGUGUUAGGUCUAUUAUCAUUCAAAAACACAUGUAUUGAAUUCCCUCAAGUUUGUAGCUCAGUGAACUAAAACUAGAUCAAAUUACGUACACACAAAGCAUUGUUAGUUUAUAAUGAGAGUUUAAAGUUUGUGAUGCAGCAACGUACUGUUAUAUGAUACAGUUUAUCUAACUGUACAGUAUAUGAAUUUUUAUGCAUCCUUGACUUUCAUUUUGUAACUUUUUGAAAACUACUAGUAUUCUUGUAUGAAGUGAAAAUGAUUCAGUAAAUAUAUAUUUGCCAAUGUACCGGUAUUGUAAGUUUCACAUUCAUUAGGCAUGUUUCUUUCUUGUUGCUGUCAAGUGCCUCACUUUGCUGGUACAAUACCUGGUUUUAAUUGUAUAUUUUAUUGUUUUCUAUCUUUUCAUUGCCAUUAUUGAACUGGACAUCUUUUAUAGUUAAAAUAUUGUAGUGUUCCCUGCCAGUGAAAGUACAGUAAUGGAACUUAUGUAUAUUUGUCCAUUGUUCCACCUGAAUUUGUCCAUAAACAGCAUCAGUGUUAA